GCCAAAUUGUGAUUCAGUUGUUUUUUUUUUUUUUUGAAUGAAAAGUAAAUAAAAAGUGGUGUAAUAUGGCUGAUGAGUUAUCACGUGGUGGAAGCCCCGCACGACGACUUUCACAAAUUUUCGAUCCUCUAUCACGUUUAACCGAGUACACACAUCCCGGCAGUCCUGGUGCUACAGGAUUACGUUCACAAACACCGGGUGGUCAUCAUGUUGUGACCUCGUCUCAUUCUACACCGUCAAGUCCACGAUUGUUACCGCGUCGUUCACGUUUGAAUCAAACUCUUGGUGGUAGUGCUAGUGUGUCUACACGUGCUAAUAUUAACAAUUUAGUGCAAACUUCUUCGUCAUCUUCGGCUAGUGGUGGUGCUUCUUCAUCGUCGGGGAUGCAUUAUUAUUCACCGCAACAUCAUCAUCACGAUAUGUUGUUAGAUAGUGAAAGUUCAUCGUGGUCAAGUGAUUCGGGUGUUAAUUGGCAAGAACGAUGUCUGGAGUUACAAUUGGAGCUACAUCGAUCGAGAAAUCAAGCGACUCGGGUACGAGAUAUGCUGCGAGAUAAGUUAUCGGAGCUCGAACAACGAGUCCUCGACGCCGAAGGUCGGGCUGAAGAAGCCGAGGAUAAGGUGCGGAUGAUGGAGGAACGGCUAGCAGUAGUCACCUCCAGCACCUGGGCCGCUGGUGAAGGCCCCCCGGAACAGGUACAAGAACGACAACAAGUUAUAACAAAACUUGAAACACAAGUUGAAGAACAGCGUCAACUUCGACUACAAGACGCUAAGCAAGUAGAAGCGAAGGCAGCUCGUAUAAAAGAGUGGGUCACAAAUAAAUUACGUGAAUUAGAAGAACAAAAUCAAUUAUUACGUGAACAAAAUUUAAAGUGUAAUCAACAAUUAGAAUUAUUACGUAAUCAUAUUGCAACACAAGGUUUACGUGCGAGCAGUGUAUUACCAAUUAGGAACAGUUUAAGUUUAGAUGUAAGAGAAAACGAAUCACCACCUCCACGAUCACUGUCAUCGUUACGACGGCGUUCGGAGAGUUUAGAAGCAUCACCGACACCACAAAAUCAUAUAGUACCAGAACCAUUGUAUUCGAAAAUUGAACCAUCAAGUACACGGCAUCGAAGACAUCAAUCUAUGUGUAGUACAAUUACCAAUAAAGUUAUGGAUCCUAAGGAUGUUCUCACCGAUGAUCUAACUGCUGCAGUGGAAGGUCUUGUAAUAUUACCAAGUGAACCAGUCAGAAUUUCAACGGAUGGUGAUACAACACACGAUUACGCUGAAAUCUACACACCAAAUCGUGAAAAAACUCCUGGAUGGAUUCGAGAUCCAUCAUCACAUUGUGAUGGUAGCACAAGUAGUACGAAUAGUGGAUCAAUUAGUGAAUUAGCCUCCAUACCAAAACCGCCAACACCUCCUCUACAUCGAUUUCCAUCAUGGGAAGCGAAAAUUUACCAAGUAGCCGCCGAGGGGCUACAGCUAACCGGGAGCAGUACACAAUCUACGGAAGUACUAACACAACAUCAAAAUGGGACUGUGGUCGCUGGUGCUAGUCGUAUACAACAGACUGCAAGUGGUGGUUAUUGUGAUAUUAGUGUACCCGUUUAUGCAACCGUGAAAGGACGUGCAAGUCAAAUUCGUUCGAUGCCAUUUACCGGUGAUUCGAGUGAUGAUAGUGAAAGCGAUGGCGAAGGUGAUCAUGGUGUUUCAAGUACAGGUGCUCUUUUAGAUUCUACAAUACAUACACGUGCCACAAAUAGUAGUAGUGAUCAUACGGACUCAUCGUUAUCGGGGGGUUCAGCUUCCAGUCCUAGUAAAAGUUUAAAAACUGCAUCGAGUUUAUCACCAGCCAAACGUAGUUCUUCCGGGUCACCUUCCAAAUGUAAAACCAGAGGAGUUUCAGAUACAUCAUUUGAAUCGGGCAUGUCCGAUGAUUACGCCAUCCCACCGGAUGCCAUGUCAUGUGAUACAACGAGUAUAGAAUCAUCAAUGCCAUCAUUGUUAAUGCGUGUCUCAUCAUACAUGGAUAGUCCAAAUAAACGUGUUGAAUCAUUGGAAAAAUCUGGUCAUUUAGCAAAAUUAGGUGGUAAAUUAAAGACAUGGCGAAAACGAUGGUUUGUUUUAAAGAAUGGUGUACUAUCUUAUUGGAAAACACAAAAUGAUGUGAAUCGUAAACCACAAGGACAAAUUGUUUUGGAUGAAAUAUGUCGAAUAACUCGAGCAGAUGGGGCAGCUACUUUUGAAAUAUCGACGGGGAAAAAGACGUAUUAUUUAACAGCGGAUUCAAUUGCAACCAUGGAAGAUUGGAUACGUGUUUUACAGAAUGUUCAACGAAGAAACGCCACAAAACUCCUUUUAAGUAAAGAAGAUAAUAAACCUUCGGUUCAAGGCUGGCUAACAAAAGUAAAAAAUGGUCAUGCAAAGAAAUGUUGGUGUGUUUUAAUUGGAAAAAUGUUUUUAUAUUUUAAAAGUCCAAACGAUAGUAAUCCCGUUGGACAAAUUAAUAUGCGCGAUGCAAGAGUAGAAGAAGUUGAUCAUAUGUCCGAUUCCGAUAGUGAAGAACGAGAAGGUGAAGGACAAGCUUUAGAGUUAACUGUAGGAAUAUUUCCAACGCAUCAAGGACCCACGUAUCUUUUAUUCCCUAGUAAACAAGAGAAAGAUAAUUGGUUAUAUCAUUUAACCGUUGUUUCUGGCGGGGGACCAAGUGCUGGGACACAGUACGAACAAUUAGUGCAAAAAUUAAUGGAAACUGAUGGCGAUCCAAGUUGCGUCCUUUGGAGGCAUCCACAACUUUUACAUUCGAAGGAAAAUAUUGUAUCACCAUUGACCUCACUGAAUUCUGAAGCCCUUCAAGCAGAAGCUAUUAAACUUUUCAAGUGUUGCCAACUUUUCAUGUCCGUGGCAGUGGAACAAGCUGGUAUAGAUUAUCACGUGGUUCUAGCACAAAAUGCCUUACAACAAUGUUUAGAUGUACCGGAUCUACAAACGGAGUUAAUGUGUGCAUUAGUGAAGCAAACAUCAAAGCAUACAACACACAAAUUAGGCGUCCAGGUAAACAGAGCGGUGUCCAAACUCAAACCUUCACGCCAAUUGUUGCUGUGCGCAACGCAGUCGCUCUUCACGUGCGACUCUGCAAGCGGCACAAGUGCAGGAGUCGCCACUCAAAAAGGAUCUCCUACAUCUAUACAGGCGCCGCCAGCACCAAUCCUAGAUUGCAAGACAAAUCCGCCAACAUAUUCAUUUGUACAAGGAUGGCAAUUACUAGCAUUGGCUGUAUCAUUGUUUGUACCGAAGAAUAAUCGACUACUGUGGUAUUUGAAAUUACAUUUGCAACGAAACGCUGAUUCAAAAUCCGAAUGUGGCAAAUAUGCUGCAUAUUGUGAACGAGCUUUAGAACGGACAUUACAAAAUGGUGGCCGUGAAGUGAAACCAUCUCGAAUGGAAGUCUUAUCGAUAUUAUUAAAAAAUCCUUAUCAUCAUUCGUUACCCCAUGCUAUUCCUGUUCAUAUGUUAAAUGGUGCUUAUCAAGUUGUCAGUUUUGAUGGAUCCACAACGAUUGAAGAAUUUUUAACAACGCUAAAUCAAGAAAUCGGCUGUCGUGAAUCAACGAUAUCUGGCUUCACAUUAUUUAGUGAUGAUCCAAUUGAAAAAGAUUUGGAACAUUAUCUAGAUCCCCAAGCUAAGCUAUGUGAUGUAAUAUCGAAAUGGGAGACAGCACUUCGUGAAAAAGGUUCGGGUAAAUUUGAAAACACACGAGUGAUACAGUUGACGUACAAAAAUCGAUUGUAUUGGCGACAUGCAGCUAAAAUGGAAACUGAUCGAGAACGGCUUCUAUUUUGUUAUCAAAUAAACCAACAAGUGGUCCAAGGUAGAUUCCCAAUUAACAGAGAACUAGCAUUAGAAUUAGCUUCGUUAAUGGCUCAAAUUGAUUUUGGUGAAUAUAAUACGGAUAAAGGUCGAGGAAGCGGUGGUCAGGGUAAUCCAAAUCAUAGUGUUUUAUGUGCUUUAGAUAAAUUUUAUCCGUAUCGAUAUCGAGACGCAUUAUCACCGGAUGGACUUAAAGACUUGCAAGAACGAUUAAUGGAAAAGUGGAUCUCAUUAAAAGGACGAAGUUUAAUCGACUGUGUUCGUAUUUAUUUAACUUGUACACGAAAAUGGCCAUUCUUUGGUGCUACGCUAUUCCAAGCAAAAGUAAUUCUGAAGCAAUCAGAACCGAUUAUGGUAUGGUUAGCGGUUGCAGAAGAUAGUGUUACUCUAUUAGAAUUAGCCACAAUGACUGUUUUGGUUAGGUAUCCUUACGCAUCAGUUGUUACCUUUGGAGGAUGUCAAGAUGAUUUUAUGUUGGUUGUUUGUCCAGAGGAAUCAGAAGGAUCCCAAAAACUUUUGUUCUCUUUGAGUAAACCGAAGAUAUUAGAAUUAACUUUAUUAAUUGCUGACUAUAUGAACGCAUUGGGCCAUGCACUACCAGGAACACCACAAAUGAACACACUUACACGAAAUGGUUCACAUCGUUCGAUACGCUCUCGACCCCCACAGGCCACACAAUCUGUAACUCAUGUGACAAUCUCCACCGGACAUAAUACACUCUCAUCAACGCUAGGACAUUCAACGACCCAAGCCACAGCGCAUACUACACAACAACCGGAUAUUUUAAAAUCUACACCGGAUCAUCAUGCAUCGGUUGUUGCAAAUGUAACACCACGUGCCGAAAAGAAACGAACUCAUUUAGAUAGUGGUGUUGCGUGAUUAACAGCCACCGCGUCAUCAUCGGCGACAUCAACUCCAACAAAAAAAGUGAUAAAAAACUAGAAAGAAAAUAAAUUAUACGUGAAAAUUAUUAU